UUGGCUCUAGGCAUUGGUUUAGUUAUUUGGAAAAGUUUAAUUUCGGUUUUAUUAUACGGCCCGUUUUACCAUAUUUAAUUUAUAUCUUUAACAGAAAGAUAGUUAACACAAGUUUAUCCACGUCGACGGUGCGUCGGAGCUAGUUGCGUGCCUCGAUGCAUAAUAUCGGCAUAGCGUGUUUCAACGUACGACGUCGGACCGUACCAAAGUGGUUUCAACUUUUCAGACUUCUGUCGUGUUAAAAUUAAAGAAAUAUCGGUUAAAAAAUGCCGGCGGUAAUUGUCGGCCCUCCUCAGCGUAGCGAACAGAUGCGACAGGCGUUAAAAGCCCACAUUACGAGAGAACGACAACGAAAGAAACAAGAACAAGAAGCAGAUGCAGAGGAGGAACGAUUAAGAAAAGAGAGAGAACGCCAACAGAAACAAGACGUAAUGACUUUAGGCGAAACUAGAGAACAAAUAUCGAAUCUGGAAAACGAGCUGUCGCAAUUAAAAGAUGAGAAACAUCAGUUGUUCCUGCAAUUAAAAAAAGUUUUAAACGAAGACGAUAGAAGACGACAAUUGAUCAAAGAAACAAACGUAUGUUCCGAAGUUUUAACGGCGGUAGGGGGUUAUCCUGGAACUGGUCCUAGAGUAGUGCAUCCGCAAGUAUUUCUCCCGUUACCACGAAGCAGUAGUCCUCUUUACAAAGUUGCGGUUGGCGCGCCGACUCAUACUUUGUUAUCCAGCGGGCUGUUAAAGAGAACGCAUAGUCCUUCGCCGCCUCCGACAGCCUCCCCCUAUCAUACCGGUUAUGGAUAUAAGCCUUCACCGUCGAUCCCGAGCUACAAUCCUCCGCCUUCCAAAUCCGAGGAAGCAGCUAGAAGAUCUGGAGAUUCUCGAGCCGUUCUUUGGAACAAAAAUAAUCAAUACUCUGCUUCCAAUUUUUACUCUGCACCUACGGGUCAAAGUAUGUAUGGUUACUCCGCGUCGACCUCGCAAUCGUCGCGGGAUCCUGAGCCUGCUAAAUCUGUGUAUCUCUCUGGAAACAGAGCAACGUUGUCAACGCAUCAAACUGCUUACGUGACGAGUUUACACACGUUGGAACACAAAGGUGCUUACGCGGAAGAUAAAUUUUAUUUACGGCCCAGUAGCCACGUUACCGUUCACGGUGGAGCUAUUCCGAUUCAACAACCACCGCAGGGUGCAAAAACGGGAGGAAUUACGUCAGGAUAUCCAGUCAGAGCGCCACAACCACCGCCUGUUCCAUACCCGCCACCGCCGCCAGGUACUUACGUCAGUGCUUCUGGUGCUAACAUUCCUGGACGAUUGUUGUACACUCAACCGGGAACAAGAUAUCUACAAAGAGAAGUUUAGAACACUGAUCGACGUUUGCUUAAUCCAACUAAACGCGUUAUUUGUAUAUACAAUUUCUAUUCUACAGUAACGAGCGUACUACGGUAUCGAAACACGUUUCAAUUAUCAGCGCCACGCGCAACCAUUGUACAAAAUUCAUUUAUUAUGUGAUGUUAACCCCGAUCCGUAAUCGUAGUAGUUAGCAGUAGUUGAUAGUAGCUAUUAUAUAUCGCUAUUUUUAUUUAUACAUAUACAUAUAUAUCUUUUUUUUUCUUUUAUUUUUUAAUAA